AUAAACAAAAGAGAAGUUGGAAAUGGCGCGCCCUAUUGGUCAAAAGAACAGUACUUGUUCCAAAAUUUCGCAACCACCACCCCCUACGAUAACUAUGUGAAGAUUCACACUCAACACACACCUUCUCCUCUCUAUCACCUCCGGCGAAUUCUCCAUCAGACACCCACUUCAGCUAAUCUUCAUUCUUCACUCCGCUAUUUCCACAAUUUCAGACCACAAUUUCUUUACUUCUUAUCAGAAUUAGCUUCCCCCAAAUUCACCGCAUCAUUUCUUUUGUUCUUGUGGAUUACAGAACCAGUUGUGGAUGCAUAGUAACAUGAUAUGAUAUGUGUGUUUGAUGUCGUUUCUUGUUAAUCUUCUUGACUUAUAUUUUAAUUUCUUCAAGGGUAGAGCGUUUGCCGUGCCCUCCAAGUUCGUUUACCAUUCUAGUCAAAAUUAGGGUUUUGUUAUUGUUUAUUUUCUGUUCUUUGUGAUACUUUUGGUGUUUAUAUUCUGUUUUGAUAAUCGGAAGCUAGAAAUGGAACCUCCUUCUGCAAGUAAUUUAUCUUCAAGUAGCAGUAGAAGUGGUUUAAGGUUCCGAUUACGCGAAAUCAUUCGGGCGCCAUUGUUGUCCUUUUUGGAGCAAUCGGGAGUUUUCCACAACCAAUCACGACCAGUUUCUACUUCUGAUCUCGAGAUGCAGCAUGAUAAUGUAAAUGAUGAUGUGUCCGGUGGAGGAGAGGAAGUUUCUAUUAGGAUUAUGGGUGCCGUGGAGGAAGAGUUGCCGCCUAAUGUGGUGGGGGAUGGUGGCGGAGCGGUUGGUAAUGGUCAGGAACAAAUAGGUAACUUUAGUGAGAGAGGAGUAGAGGAGUUAAGAAAUGGAGUUGAUGAGCAGACACCUGCAACUUCUUCAAAUAACAAUCGAUAUGAUAUUCAAAACGUCGCACAAUGGAUUGAGCAGAUUCUUCCUUUCUCUUUGCUUCUCCUGGUUGUUUUAAUUCGCCAACAUUUACAAGGUUUUUUUGGGACAAUUUGGAUAUCUGCAGUUCUAUUCAAAUCAAAUGACAUUUUACAAAAGCAAACUGCUUUGAAGGGAGAGAGGAAAUUUUUUGUUCUCAUCAGCAUCACUGUGAUCUUUAUUCUUCAUGUGGUUUUUAUUUACUGGUGGUAUCAAAAUGAUGAUCUUAUGUAUCCAUUGAUUUUGCUUCCUCCAAAAUCUGUCCCACCAUUUUGGCAUGCUUUGUUCAUCAUCUUGGUUAAUGAUUCAAUGGCGAGACAGGCGGCUAUGGUCUUCAAGUGUAUACUUUUAAUGUACUACAAGAACACAGGAGGUCAUAAUUAUAGGAAACAGGGUCAAAUGUUAACUCUGGUUGAGUACACAUUACUUCUGUAUCGUACUUUGUUGCCUACCCCUGUUUGGUAUCGAUUCUUUUUGAACAAAGAAUAUGGAAGUAUCUUUUCAUCAGUUACAGCAGGAUUAUACUUAACUUUCAAGCUUACAUCUGUCAUACAGAAGAUACGAUUGGUGUUGGCUGCAUUAAGGGUGUUGUCUCGUAAAGAGGUGCAUUAUGGUUCAUCUGCUUCUACUGAGCAGGUGAGUGCUGCUGGAGAUCUUUGCGCCAUUUGUCAGGAAAAACUGCACUCUCCAAUUGUGUUACGGUGUAAACAUAUAUUUUGUGAAGAAUGCGUAUCAGAAUGGUUUGAGCGGGAGAGGACAUGCCCAUUAUGUAGAGCCCUUGUGAAACCAGCAGACAUAAAAUCGUAUAGUGAUGGAUCAACAAGCCUAUUUUUCCAGUUUUUUUGAUAUUUAUUAUUUAACAAAAAGUAGAUAAAGUACAUGUAGAUCUUUACAGCCAUAUCAAAAGAUAUCUGCUAACUGUGGGACAAUCGUAUAAAUCAAAAAUGUGUAUUUUUUGUGAAAAAGGUAAAUGUAAUGCACACAUUGUAUUGAAAAUGUAUGUAAGAAUGUGUGUUAUCACAUUAUGUA